AUGCGCAGUCUACAAAAGAAGGCCCAUGCACUGAAACAACGACGUUCGUAUGGCUACAACGGUGAUGGUCACUAUGUUGGUCAUUCGCCUCAAGGUCAAGUCUUCUAUGCCGACAACAACAAAAACAGUCGUCAUGUUCCACUACUACCACAAACUACAUCAGAGCCGUCAAAUCAGCCUCAGUCUGGUCAGCAGCAAACCUUCCCUAGGUCUGACGAUCGAACAAAAGCUCCGGUAAAAACCGCACAAGACCAACACGGACAAGAACAGAAGAAGAAACCUAUCUGUCUGAGGUGUUAUGAUCGUACUGGUAGUCACAAGGAGGAUACUUGUACGGCCACCAAGCCUAAGAACCAGGAGUCAAGAUGUUUCUGUGGUAGUGGACGCCACAAAAAGGAGCAGUGCCCAGUACCGAGCAAGAAGAUCAUCUGUACAAGGUGCAAUAAUGACACCAGAGCUGGCCCACCACAUAGGUCUGGCAUGUGUCCAUUGACCUUAGAGCUGUUGCAAGAGACCAACAACUGCGGGAGUAUCCCGACUGGCAACGGGCCAACACCACCAACGGGGCCAUCGACCUUUGCUACCCUACCUCAGCCACAACAAGUGAUCAGCACUACUUUUGGUACCGAGGGAUGCUUUGCGAUCGGUGACUACCAUGACAAGGGUGCCGACCAAUUCAUGGAAAACGGUUCCCAACCGGUAGCGACCAAAGUGUGUGUGUCGCCUCAUCUGUUAGCCGAUGCCAUUCUGGACUCUGGCGCUGGUAGAUGCUACGGACAAGAACGAUAUCUGAGGUGGUUGGCUACCCAAAAAGGCGUCGAGAUAUCCUGGAACGAGGGUGCUGGUGUCAACGCUGUCGGUCCGGUGGGAAACAGUCUCAACGUCAGUGGUACCUGCAACUUGGCAAUUUGGCCGCAACAGCAACAACGACGAGAGUUUAGUAAGUACAAGGUCAAGAUCAAAGUCUACGUUGUAGAAAAUCUCAUUCCACAGCUCAUCAUUGGUGUCAGUGGUCUACGUCUGUUACGUGUAGGACUGAUAUUCGGUCCGGAUGGCAUCCAAGGAUACUCUGCUUUGGCGGCUCCCGAUCGAGAAGAAACAGAAGAUGGUCAUGUCGUGAACAAAUACGUUGCUGAAGUCGGUGAUGCCGAGGCUACCGAUGUUUGUUCUCACCAUCCACACAACGGAGUCAACUCUCACAGCAACGACGAUCCGACCUGCCUCUUCGACUCGGUCAACUUCAUUGAGAUAAAGGAGAGUCCCACAGACGACUACACACAAGAUUCGCUCAUACCAGCGCAGGUGUCAGUGCAAGUUCAUCCUUCAUUGUCAUUUAGAUCUAUCACCAAAACUCUCACCAAAGGAGAAGGUCUAUCAUUGGAAGAAGCUCUGGAACAUCCAUUGGGUACAUUCCGUGGCUUGAUGGUAGAGUCAGAGAACUCCGAUGAGAACAACAUCACAUAUCGAGCUCUACACGACUUCAACUGGACAACCAGGCCAGCCCCGUCCGAGAACAACAAAGCUGCAGCAGAGAGACAUGCUCGGAAGCUCUUCGCCAGUCUCACGAAGAAGAAGACUCAAGAGGCCUACACCGAUGUUAUUCAUCAAUACCACAAGCUGGGCCAUAUCGAGAAGAUUCUGCCAGCAGAGGAGAUGCAACCCGCUCCAGAGGCUACCACCCCCACAAGAUACGACUACGUGGCCCAGUCUAUCAACGACUCGUCUCUACCCAUGGGUAGCAUGGAGCGACUUGAAGAACGCCUACCUCUUCGACAGAACUCCAAAGGCUACAAGGAGAGCUCAUGGUUUCAUGAUCUCUGA